UAGAUUUGCCUCUUUCUUGUGCAGAGUGCCCCAAACAACCCCUACUCUCUCUCUCUCACACACACAUACACACAGUCAUACACUCGUUCACUGCUACUCUGCCUAUAAAUACUCCUAUAUUUUUCCUCACUUUCACUCACCUUCAGUUCCCUCAUUUUUGUUUGGAGGGAGAUUGAAUAACAAGGGUGAAGAAAUUUGUGUGUUCUUGUAACAGCAUAAUGUCAGCCUGCAAAGAGGAUGAUCCACGUAUCGACGGCAUUCAAUCGAGAAUCCGGGUGGUGCCAAAUUUCCCAAAACCAGGGAUAAUGUUUCAAGAUAUUACCACACUUUUACUCGAUCCAAAGGCCUUCAAGGACACCAUUGAUUUGUUCGUUGAGAGAUACAAAAGUAAAAACAUUACUGUUGUCGCCGGAAUAGAGGCCCGGGGCUUUAUAUUCGGACCUCCCAUUGCAUUGGCAAUUGGAGCAAAGUUUGUUCCCUUGAGAAAGCCAAAGAAACUUCCUGGAAAAGUUUUUAGGGAAGAGUAUGACUUGGAAUAUGGAAGUGACUGUCUUGAGAUGCAUGUUGGAGCAGUAGAAUCUGGGGAGCGUGCAUUGAUUGUUGAUGAUCUGAUUGCUACUGGGGGCACUCUCUGUGCUGCCAUGAACUUAUUGGAACGUGCUGGAGCCGAAGUUGUAGAGUGUGCUUGUGUCAUUGAAAUACCAGAUCUAAAGGGAAGUGAUCGAUUAAAAGGCAAGCCAUUAUUCGUUCUCGUGGAGUCUCAAUGGAAGUGACAAAUGACAAUAUGGACCUUUGUUCCUAUACAUAUUGGAACGCUAUUUACCAGAGCUGCAUCGCCCAGGAAUAUCCUUUAACUUUAGCCCCCCUUCAUUUCUUUUACUAGUGGGAUUUUACAUAAUUUAGACUGUUUAUUUUCCAUAUUAGCUUAGGAAAUUAUGCAAAAUGGCUUGUUAAAAAAGUGUCUAUCCUCUCAUGGAUGGAUGAUAUUUUCGACUCUUGGAUGCUUUUGUUUUGUGGCAUUCUGAAAGCCUGGAAAUCUAUUUUGAUUGUAUUUUUUUUUCUCUAUUUGGUAAAUCCCGUUUAACUGUCAUCACUAAUGGAGCUGAUGGUUUUCUAAAA